CAUUUCCAGAAUCAGAGUUUUGCUGGUAAAACAUUUAUUAAGUGUAUUGGUCACGUUUUAAGUACAAAUAUUAGCAUACAAGUGAAAAUGUACAUUUAUAGUCAGCGUUGUACAUUCCAGGCUGCUUCUUUUUAUUAUUAUUGUCAACUUGAGUCCGCCAUUUUAUACUGAGCAGCUUGGGCAGUGACGCUCACUCAUCUCACCCUAUCUGUCAAAUAUUGAGCAUUGAUAAUUAAUUAUAUAAAGAUGCUGAUUAGACAGCUUGAUUAUUGCACUGGUGUGCCAUAGACUGGCUACAAUAAAAGGCCACAUAGUAUGUGUACUGUAGUAACUGUAUUGGUGGGAAAAAACUAGUGUUGCUUUUUUUGUUGAUAUACAGUAGAUGUCUGAACCGAACCAGCACGUGUAGUUUUCUUAAAUUGGGUAGUUAAUGAUAUUCUUGACUAAUUGUGUUGUCCCGUCUGACCUCUCAUUGGCCACUUGUUGCAGUGGGCAGGCUAUCAAAGCGAUAAUCCUUUCUCAGUCAGUGUAAUCCCCUUGCAAAGCUCUCUGGGGUUGUGACUGCAUGUUAGCCACUUUGAAUGAAAGAGCAACUCAACGAGCUUGGACCGGUGAUUAUGAAAGGAUAACCCAGCAGCCACCAUCAUGAAAGAAAUCACGGGCUUUGAGAGCGCAUCCUCCCUUCGAUCAAACAACCUGAGUGCUUUGAAGAAGCGCUGGGAGCAAGCCGGGAACGUCGGCGCGCAAGACAAGGCUCCGUUCAUCUCUUCACCGAUAUUAUCUCACGGCGCGCCGCACGUCCCUGCCGGGGCCGCUUCCGUGAGCAGUGAGCAGCCCCUUCCUCCAAAGAGCCCGGAGCGCCCCCCGCAGCUUUCUCCGGAAGAACCGCCGAGUCCGACCACUGAUAUUUUGAAGCCCUGCACGACUCCGCCAGCAGCAGCAGCAGAAGAAGGAGAAGGAGAAGAAGGAGGAGGAGAAGGAGAAAAAGAAGAAGAAGAAGAAGAGAAGGGGAUGGACAAAGAUGUGCCAACACCCUUUGAGACACGAGAAAAUCUUGAAGAGCAAGUUCCAGCCAGUCCCCAUGCCUCCUGGGAGACAGCAAACGUGCUAUUAAAUGACCUGAAGAUGAGGUUUCAGAGGAUGGAUGACACCCCAGAAAAGGGUGGCAGACCCAUUCUAAAAAGCACCUCAUCAGAAGAUAUGGACCACACCUCUGCAGUGUGUGAUCGUGUGCUGGAGAAGUCCUCGCUGAGGGAGAAGCUGGCCAAAUACAAUGCUGCUGCUUCCAAACAAAGUGCCUCUAAAACUUCUGUUUCGCCAGAGGUGCUUCCCUCCAAAAUAUCCAUACCCGCCAUCCAGAAAGUCACACCUUCACCCGAGUGCAAUGGCGGCAGCGGCAGUGAGCCCGCCAAAGCAUCCAGGAAAUUCUGCCCUCCAGCCAAGGAGACGUGUGUCGCUUGCCAGAAGACCGUGUACCCGGUGGAGAGGUUGGCGGCCCUUCAGCACGUCUACCACAAGAGCUGCUUCCGCUGCCUUCACUGCAGCACAAAGCUCAGCCUGGGCAACUUUGCGUCCCUGCACGGCAACGUGUACUGCAAGCCCCACUUCAGCCAGCUCUUUAAAGCCAAGGGCAACUACGACGAGGGAUUUGGCCAUCGGCCUCACAAGGAGCUGUGGCAGCAUCGCAAGGAUGGAGAUGAAGACGACGAGGAGGCGCUGAAGACCAAAGAACAAGCAGCACCGGCGAGGAUGCCGUCGGUGGAGAGCGCGCCUGAGAAGCAGCGCACGUCGCCUGUGGAGGUGUCGCCGCCUGUCAAAGUCACGGGCCUCUCCGCCCACAUGGUGACGAGGAAGCAAACACCUGCUAGCUCCACAGAGAAGCCGGCAGAGACCCGCAGGUUGAGGAUUGCGUGGCCUCCCCCUUCUGGCGACGCCCACUCUGGCACAGGGCUACGCAGCCCGGCCGCCGAGGGGGCUGCUUCUGGCCGCACUUGGAGGGCCAAGUGGCCUCCGGAGGACGAUUCGCCAUCAUCAUUAUCAACGUCGUCCCAAAGUGCUGAGCGUGCUGAGCUGAAGACCCUGAGGAGGAGCUCCUCUCUCAAGGAGCGCAUUCGACCCUUCACAGUGGCCGUCAAGCUCGACCCCGAACCGGCCCCCAUCCUCAGGGAGCCUCGACGCCCCCUCAAGGCCCUGCAGGAAUGGAGAGCAUCGCUGGAGGAAAAACCCCAAGAGAAAGUGGAGUUGCAGAGCAAGACAGACGAGGAGAAGAUCGAUGAAGAAGCAACAAGUUCGAAGGAACGCAACCCCGAGGAGGCGGAGACUCAGCAGGAAGGAGGCCGGCACGCACAGGAAGGAAGUCCGGCGGCGGAGGAAGGCUCGCUUAGGAGCAUCUCUCCAGACAUCUCCACGUCCCCCUCGCCUCCCGCCCUGCCAAAACACAACCGCGCCUCGCAGGAUGUUGGCUUCUGGGAGGAGGACAAAGAGGAGAGCGACGACGAGGAGAUGACUCCCGAGGACAUCAUCAAGAGGAACCGUUACUACGACGACGAUGACGACUGAGUGACAAGAACAUCUCAUCGGCUGUGUGUGUUGCUACAGCUGCCUCUCAUUUCUCAACUGUCUCAUUCCUGUCUUAACACGUCCCUACAGUCAGACUGGAACUUUCUCAGGUGUUCAAAAUCUCAAUUUUAAGCCUUAACCGUCCCAAUUUUGCGUGAAUGGACAACAGUGUUGUUGCCAACAUCAUGUAGCCUUAUGAAUAUUAUUAUUAUCAUGCAAAGAGAGUCACAUUGGUGUAAUAUUUUCAGCCUUUGGAACGUUCCAAUCUUCUUACUAUCACACAGAUCUUCUGAUUGAUAUCUUUUCUGACUUUUUAGUGUUUGGUCUUCUGUAUGAGCUCCAAAAAAAUGUUUUUGUAAGUAAAAAGUGCCACCGAUGAAAUGUUUUCUAAUUUUUUAAUCACUCCAGUCCACCAGUACUUUUUUAAAGUUGUUAAAGCACAAUAAAAUGUAUAGUCAUUAAAGACAAUCAUCUGCUUCGGUGUUUAUUUUCAUGUUCCGUCACUUAUUUUUUUGGUAAAAAAAAAAAAAAAAAAAUCCGAAAAUAGGCCUUUUUACCGUCGAAAACUCAUGAAUAAUUUAUACUUAUAACACAGGUAACAUGUGCCGCUGUUAAAAUGUUUUUCUUGUUUGUGUCUUUAGGCUUCACUUUAUGUCCUUUAACGCACCAUAGUUGCUGUGCGACUCAAAGGUGAAACUAGUCAGCGUAACUGAACCCGUGUGAAACAAAAGCGUCACGUAAAGGUAGGAAAACUCUUACCCACGAGCACGUAGCGAACACUCCUGUGUAUAGCAAGGUGACAAAACCCCUAUUUUAGCGAUGACACUGAGUUCGUGCGGACGUGCUUAGAAAUGCUAUUUUUUCAUAUAUCGAGUGUAUUUUCAUUCGUAUGCAUGUUUGUUAGGUAGAUUAUUACUUUUUUAUCCAUUUCGUAUCGGAUUUAUGUUGAGUGUUGGACCACAUCAAAUCAAAUUAGUGCUUGGAAAAUUAAGUGCAACUUACCGGAGCUAUAGGACAAGAUAAAAGGUAUAUGGGAUAUUAAUUUAAUAUCCAUCUGCAGACGAAAUUUCAUUAAAAAAAUGUAGUUGCACUUGUAUUGUGGUUAGUGUGGGGUGAGACAUAUACUGUACAUGAAAAAUAUGACAUUUGACUUUCUUCCCUGGACUUUUUGAUUAUCAAAAAAAUGUAAAUGGCUACUUUGCUGACCUUUAAAAUAGAUUUUCCCAGCCUAAAUUAUUACAUUUUGGAGUACGGUUGUACUUGCCAAGCCGUGAGUCGAUCACAGCCUUUGUCUAGACCAGGUGUGGGCAAACUUUUUGACUCAGGGGCCGCAUUGAGUUAAGAAAAUUAACACUAUAUAUUUGAUACAUGCACACUCUUUGAGGCUUGUAACUAACAGUCCACCUGGAAUUACAGUGUCAUACAAUCUGCUAUAUGAAUGUGCUUGUGUCACUUUUUUCAGGAGCACUUUAGACAUCAGACCACAUCCAAUAACAAUUCCAUUUUACAGGUUUUUUUUUACUGACUAAGACACCCAGAAUGUACAUGAAUAAAGGAUGUGAUACACAAUAUGAACUGUGAUUGACUAUGAAAUAGUAUGUGAACGUCCCAGACAGUGGGACGUUGUUUGGAUCACGGCGUGUGAAAAGCUACUUAAACCAUCAAAAGGUCGUCUCACAUUGACUGACUACGUGCAAGUCAUGUUGCCAGCUCGUAUGUUUAAGGUUCAAAUACUUUGGAAGCAACUGGCAGGCCGGAUACAAACGCUUGGCGGGCCGCAUGUGGCCCCCGGGCCGUAGUUUGCUCACACCUGGUCUAGACUCAUGUUAAAGCAAUGGAGAUCAAAUGAAGGCACUAUUUUCAUGUAU